AUGGCAGUUCCCGAUGAGGCCUCGCAUCCCGGCGUGGCGGGUGCAUCGUUGAACAGCGAGUUGCAACACUGCUACCAGCGGCGAUCGCACGUUCCGCCACCGCCAAGUGCCUUGAUGCCGUUCUCACAGGAAAUAAGCCGUUCGGUGGCCGCCGUUAACGCGAACGAAAUCAACCGGCGCGUUAGCAGCCGCCUGGCAAAGCUGUGGCGUCCUCUGCCCGCCGCCGACAAGGAACCCCUCCAGCGCAAGGUAGCCGAAGCAGUCGCCGUCCACCAAAGGAAGUACCUGGACUACGCGCACCACCCGCGUGAGGCCCACCGGCGCAAGGAGCAGCGGGAACGCAUUGUCAAGCAGGUUACCAGAAAGCUGAAGAACGACAGUUCCUGGGACAAGGAGGAGCAGCCGACAACUUGCACGGUCGCGGCCCGGGGUCGAUAUGGCCUGAAGUUCCAGCAGCAGCUGCAUCCGCCACCAUUGCCACCGACGCCAAGAAGCACACACAGUGCUGUCAGCGGUGCUGCUCGAGUCAGCGCUUCGGGCUCCGGUCAGGGAACGGUGGCCUGUAUGCCGACGGCCACUCUCCCGGCCACGACCAAGGAUCCCGAAGAACAAAUGGUGCCUGUAAAAGUGACUGCUUUAAGAGCCUUGGCUGAAUUUUCGAAGAGGCAGUCGAAACAUUUCCACAAUUAUGCCGAGCUCACCUUGAUCAACAUCUUCAGAACAUUAAAGCAGCCCGAGAGACAGAGGUGA